AUGCCAAACCUGAUCGCUGCACUGUGCGAGCUCCUAGCGACGAAAUACAACUCUCACGUCUCAAGGAAGCUGCUGCAGGACAAGUCUCAGCACGGCAGCUGGCAGCCCCCGCCUUUCUACUGGCAUCUUUUUGACCAUCCAUGUAUAGUACGCCAGAUGCUUCAGCUGUAUAGACAGCGGCCACAGGAUGAGUUUCUCGCUUGCUGGUUUGAGGACUUCGCGCUGCACCGCAGAAACCCUGCUGCUGCUUCUCUUCUCCCUCUUGGCUCUGAUGCUGUACUCACCGCAAAGCUGCUGCAGCAGUCUCGCCUUACAAGCAACUUCUCGGUGUUUACGUUGCGGGUCAGUGAGGAGCUGAGGAGCUUUCUACUGCGGGAUGAGCGAGAAGAGUUGUUUUCUAUGAACCUCUCAAACAUUUCUUCUCUGUUCCUCCACGCGGAGAAUGCAUACUUCUACGCCCUGGCUCUGUUUAUAUUCGUUGCUGGGUGGAGGCCAGACCUAAGCGGGGCUCGGCGGCUAGCUCAGCUGCUGACGCGGUUGGUGGUGCAGCCAGGGGGAGUUGCUGCUGCUGCUGCUGCUGCUGCUGGACCGCAGCAGCAGCAGCAGCAGCAGCAGGCUGCAGCAGCAGCUGAUGAAACACACCCUUCUGCUGCUGCUGCAGCAACACACAUGUCUACACAAGUCGAAAGGCAAAGAGAAGUUUCUGCUGCUCAGGCAGCAGCAGCAGCAGCAGCAGCAGCAGCAGCAGCAGCAGCAGCAGCAGCAGCAGAAGGAUUGACGUUGCUAUUGCUAAAAGGGCUGCAGCAUCUGCCUCCACCGCUGCAGCUGCAGCAGCAACUGCAGCAGCAGCAGCAGCAGCAACAGCAACAGCAGCAGCAACGAGGCAAAAGGCGCCGCAGCAUCGAUGAGAGUGUCUUAACACUCGACAGCAGCAGCAGCAGUGACAGCAGCAGCCUCAGCAGCAGCAGCAUCAGCAGCAGCAGCAUCAGCAGCAGCACAACAGGGUAUAGCAGCAUGCGUCAUCAGCAGCAGCAGCAGGCAGAGCAGCAGCACGAGAAUCAGCAGCAGCAGCUGCUGCAGCAGACCCUUGCUCAUCCUCAUCAGCAGGCCUACUACAUGCACCAGCAGCAGCAGCAGCAGCAGCAGCAGCAGCAGCAGCAGCAGCAGCAGGGUGAUGCAGCAGGAGACGAAGAGGCCUACUACAUGCAGCAGCAUCAGCAGCAGCAGCAGCAGCAGCAGCAGCAGCAGGGUGAUGCAGCAGGAGACGAAGAGGUGCUGGAGAUGCCCUCGGCUAGUCAGUACGGCAUCUCAAGGCCGUGGCAUUUAGAAUACCGCAGAACGCGGGGGGCCCCCGUGGAGCCACCUUUGGCUGCAUUGAGAGAAACCGCUCUUUUGGAUUCGCUGCUGGAUGAUUUCGUAAACCCUCGUUUGCUGCUGCAGCAGAAACACCAGACGACACACAGGCUAAACCCCAGCAGCAGCAGCAGCAGCAGCAGCAGCAGCAGCAGCUGCAGCAGCAGCAGUGGAGGAGGAGAACCACAGUUUCUCAAAUACACAAACCUCCUCGUCGCCCUCUGCGUGCGCAGCGCUUAUGAGUUGACCCGUCGGUGGUGGGAGGGGCGUAAGCAGCAGCGGCAGCAGCAGCAGCAGCAGCAGCAGCAGCAGCAGCAGCAGCACCACCUUUGGCUGCAUUGA